AUGGCCACACCCGCUCAUUACCAUAUCGAAAAGUUUUCAUCGGCGAAAGCUCGUAUCCUGAUGCUUGGGUUGGAUGGGGCAGGUAAGACGACGAUCCUGUACAAGCUGAAGCUGGAAGAGGACGUUUCCACCAUCCCCACCAUCGGCUUCAACGUGGAGACCAUCAGCCCGGUCAGUGUGACGUUCACCGUGUGGGGUGGGGGUCAGGAGAAGAUCCGACAGCUGUGGAGACACUACUACCCCAACACACAAGGUCUGAUCUACGUGGUGGACAGCGCAGAUCGUCUGCGCAUGAAGGAAGCCAUUUCGGAGCUCCAUGUAAUCUGCAGUUCGCCGGAGAUGGCGGGGGUGCCGGUAGUGGUGAUAGCUAACAAGCAGGAUUUGCCAGGUGAGUGCGUCAGACUAGUCCAUAAUGACCGGCAAGGUAGAAUCAGACCUACAGCAGGCAAACUAGUGGUUGAUACUAUGCACAGUGACACUGUUAUGGGGAAAUUAAACCAGGGCGGUGGGAGAACUUACCAAUGGUUUUACCGACAGGUAGAUACAUAACAUGUUGGUUUUUGUACUGGCAUAAGUCACAUUCCUGCCAUAUGCUAGCAUACUGUACAGUGAUGGACACGAGGUGUUU